AUGAGUCUGUUAAUUUCAUUUUUACACUUGUUAUUUUUGCUUCUGCUGAUUUUAUAUAAACAUUAUCAUAGGAAAAUGGGGGACGAUUUGCCAAUGGAAGACAUUGAUGACAUGCCUGAGUUGAUAGACGUUGAUGUUCCAGCGCAAUUACCUUCACUAAUUGAACAGAAUAUAGUGAAACCUAAGGAGGUGGAGGAGUUCCUACAAGUUUCAAAAAGGAAAAGAAAAAGUAACACGAAAGACGUCGAGAUGGAAGAAUGCGGCAGUACAGUGGCGGGAAACGGAGAAGGCGAUGGUAUGGAAGCUUCAUCACGGCGCGCCAAGAAAUCCAAAGGAGAGAAAGGCGAAAUGCGCAAGAUUCCUGUACCGAAACAUCGCUAUACUCCACUGAAAGACAACUGGGUAAACAUUUUCACUCCGGUAGUGAAAAAUUUAGGACUGCAAAUAAGAUUUACAAAAAGUAUUGAAUUUUCGUCUGGAAUUCAGUUCUCAAUUUUUUGUGCCUUUUGUACAUUGGUUCAUAUUUGGGCUGCUGACUUCGUACGAGCAUUCAUACUUGGAUUCGACGUUGCCGAUGCACUGGCCCUCAUCCGACUUGAUCAUUUGUUUCUUGAAACAUUUGAGGUGGCAGACGUAAAAUCAUCGCUAAAAGGCGAUAAUCUUAGUCGCGCUGUAGGUCGAAUAGCAGGAAAGGACGGACGGACGAAACUUGUCAUUGAAAACGUUACUAAAACAAGAAUAGUGCUGGCGGAUACGAAAAUCCACCUAUUAGGAGCGUUUCAGAACCUGAAACUUGCUCGAAAUGCUAUUUCCAGCCUCAUACUGGGAACAAUGACUAUGGACAGAGAUGUUUUACACUACAACUACAAUGACACCGGUACUUGCACGUACGAGAACAAUAGUAUGCAAUGCAAUGCAAUGGUCACGAUCGAUAAUCGAUCGACAAAUAAAGAACUGGGAAUGAAAACGACGAUUUGA